AUGUCGUCUCAGGUUGCGCCAUGGCUCGAGGACCUAGAGGAAGACUGGGUCGAGCCGCCGUCACUGUCAAAUCACACCACAGACCACCAAUCUCAAGCUUCCGCCAGAACGAACCAAACUUCGUCCAGUCGCAUCCCGCGUAGGAGUAGCGGUGCUUUCUCGAUAAACAGCAGUUCUGUCAAACAACGGAAUCCCCUCAAGGACCUGCCUUGCUCGCAAUCCAAUGUCCAACGCCAGCCAUCAGCAUCUUCCAUAGUCCACCACGACUCGGUCAAGCGCUCUCCAGCAAAACACCAGACUCUCGAGUGGAAGAAGCGCCUUGUCCGUGGUGAGGUUGGCUACGGCGACCAGACCGACCUGUUUGGGCCCUCCGGCCUCGAAAACAUCUUCUCCCCGGCUCGUCCCACCUCAUCCACCAACCGCCCGACCUCAUCCAACAGCCCCUCGAGGCUCUUACAGAACACUUUCAUGCCUCCCUCCAGUCCCCCACCAUGGCCCUCGCAAAUUGACCCCUCUCAACUAGACUCGCCCGAUGCACAAGGCACGUGCCAACGAGAAGUGCACAACACAAACCACGCCGGUUCACGAGAUGAGAGUCUCAUGCGCUCGCCCAAUUCUCCCAGCCAACUACACGUCGACCGCUCGGCUUCGAAGCACCAAGGCAACCGCACUAUCAGCGCUAAUACCGAUCUGUCAGGCGAGGGCUUUAGUCCUGUCUUCUUGUCUAAACACACGAGCUCCACCGGCGCCGUCAGCUAUGCUCCCCUCGAUUCGCGCUCUGCCCCUGUCAGCGCUGAUGCUUCUAUCAACGGUCUGGAUUCUGAGCUUCCUUCCACACCUGGCUUCCGUAGGGACAACAGCGACACCGCCAACAAUAUGCCCAGUGUUCCAGAGGUUUCUCUUCCAGACGAUCUACCCACUGGUACCCCUCCUAUCUCUAGCUUCUUGAGCAUGAACAGGCUCUCUCCUUCGAGCCCCACCAAAAUAGAACCGUCAUCUGUCUACGACCAAGACUCGGCCAUCUCUCCGGGAGCUUCUAGUCCAGUCAGAGCACCUGCCACCCCGAAGUUGGGAGGUGUCGAAGAGUCCUCACUCCUGAGCCCACCUAAGAGCAGGCCUUCCCAAAGCCCUUUGAAGCUGUUCACUGGCAACUAUGACACUUUUACCAACAACAAGCUGUUCAGAAGGAUGAGUCAGUUGGAAGGUCUAGAUCCGGACCACCCCUUGAUUUCACCUGAGCACCCUUGCGACAAUCCUUUUGACGAAACGCGGUCUAAUACUGGACGAGUCACCAGCUCAGGUACCGUCAAUACUCAGAGACGCCACCCAUCUCAGCGUGUGGUGUCGAACCUGAGUAGUUUCGGUGAGGGUGACCUGGAUGAGCACGACUUUGAUGCCGACAUUUCUAUUCCCACUGGCUUGGAUCUAGAUGCAACUUUCGAGUCUACUGAAGGCUCGCCACUCCCAGAAGCUAUACCACCAGGCAGCACUCACCCUUUCCGCUUCCACGUCGACAGCGCACCUCCAGUCGAGUCGUCCCCCGAAGUUAGGCCCUUCAAGCUAAAGAGGAAGUUGUCAAAGAGAAGCAACACAAUGAGGUCGAGGCAUUCAGAUGACGAUCAGGCACUGGAGCAAUUCCCUGUGAUUGAUCCUUACAAUAACGAGUUCGAUAUCAGGGAGGGAAAGCGCCCUCAGAGCUCUCCUGCAAAAGCUCCUACUGCCAAACGCCGACGCACUCUGAUCACUAUGGAUGGCAAGCUCCCAGAGCUCGGCGAAGGCUCUGAGAUCCACAUCAAGGUUGAUGCGCCAGUUUUAAACGACGAAAAGCCUUCAGAAGCUACUGCACCUAGUACCGUCAGCGCAGGAAGCAGAAGGGACGUUACUAGGCCUAGGAAUCCUACACCCAGCCAGAGGCGUCGCGAGCAGAUUCAAGCCGAGAUUAGUGAGGCGACGUUUGAGUAUCUAUCAAACUCACCACGCCUCGAAGCCAUCAAGGAGACCAUCGAAGAACUUUCAGAACUACCAGCCGAGUCCGUCGACGCCGAGAAGGCCAAAGCAGUCGCAGCAGACAUAGCAGCGUUCACUUUUGAACACUCUAGAGAGGAGCCCGAGAGCAUACGCAAGCGCUCAUUCACCACACAGGAUUUCCUAGAUGAGGCGAUGCAUAUUAUGUCUAUAAUUCGGGCAAAAGGACGACCACACAGUGGUUUGGACGAUGUUGAAGAGUCUAGUGGUGAGAUGGACUUCAACACUCACCUGCGUCCUGAUGACCUUGCAAGGCAAGUCGGAUCUUUGCGUAUCUCACGACCUUCAUCUCGGGAGGGAAACGAAUCGAAUUGGAGACCUCGGAGUCAAGUCAAGCAUGAUCCAAUGGUCGCAAGCCGUUUGGAGCAGUUCCGCGAGAAAGACAGUCUCAAUCUUGUGGACACAUCUCUCCGAUCGCUGAGCAUCAACGAUACUUCAGCUGUUUACUUUGAUCACGAGGAUGUGUCGACUCGAGACCUUGAUGAUGCGCCGAUCAUCGAGCCCGAUUGGGCUCGUGGACAUGUCCGAGCAUACUCAAACACUUCACAACAAGGAGGCCAAGCUAGCCCGACCAAGUCACAGCAUGGGUCGCAUCCAUCUCUUGACUCUUCAAGCGGAGCACGCACGAUGGGAUCUACCUCCUCCAGAGACUGUGUAGCAAAUCUCUCGCCCGAUAAGGUUGCUCACCUUAUUCCUGAGCAGAUUGCGGGAAUGACCUAUGACAAGGAAAAGCAGAUCUGGGUCAAGGCCAAACAUCUCAGGCCCCCGACGUUCGACUACUAUCACCAGCCGAGCAAUGUCAGCAGCGAAGAUGAUCCAUUUGCAUACAUUCCUGACCUGACUGUCGACGAGAUCAAAGAGAUUCAGCGCAUCCAACAAAUGCAAGCACGCCAUCAAGGUCUGACACAGCAAGAGCAGUCCGAGUACGAGGAGUCUGGGCAAUACACAGAACUUCCGCAACAAGUGCCAGAUCGCUCACCUCCACAAAGACAAGAACCAACUGGCUCCAGACCUACUACUCGUGAUAGCAACGCACCUCACCCGUUCACGUCAAGCACUGCUCCAUCAAAGUAUUCCGGCUUUGCUUCUAGUCAGCAGCAGCAGUUCGACACACGUGCUACAUCCUGGAGCAAUGAGGAGUUGGCUAGCAUAGCCAGAGCUAAGCAGCAACAAGCACAGUCUGGCGAUGGCCUUCGCGACCUUGCUACUGUCAACAUACCUCAGAACAUCUCGGAGGAGACGGAGGUAAUCCUCGAUGAUUCUAUCACUGCUCACGAUGAAUCUUUGUUGGACGAACUUCUUAGUGAGGAUGACGAGCUCCCGAACGAAGAUUCGAUAACGGAAGAACUGCCCGCGCCUAAGCAGCGUGGAAGUGGUAUUCCGCUUCCAUCCUGGCCUCUGCGGUCUCCGCAGCCGGCACCUCGGGGCGGUCUGAGGAAUUCUUCCCUGAGAAGACAGACUUUCCAGCGAGGCUAUGCUUCUGGACAAGACCAGAGAGAGGUGUCUUUCGUUGCGACUUUCCCAGACAAGCGGACAAUGAGCGUGUCUGUGGUUGCUCAGCCUGCGCCUACGAUGGCUGCACCAAACCAAGAGUACGGCCUUUCUUCACCUGCUCGUAUGGAUGGCACGUUCUACCUCAGCGACCUACCCGAUUUCACCGUCAACGACGUUGAUGAGGAACGUCCAUCUGAGAAGGCCUUGGCUAGACGAGUUGCUCGCACAGACCUUGCAGACCGGUAUGCCAUGGCCGUCCAGAGUCUGGUGAAGACGCUCACAGACGUGGAGCCUGAUGAGCCCUACUGGGAGGACAUCAAGCAGCUCAAUCUUCGUGAUAGAGGUCUCGAUUCUGUCCACAACCUGGAAGACUUCUGUACACGUCUCGAAGAUCUUGACCUGUCAAACAACAAUGUUGCACAUCUGGAAGGUGCCCCGACUUCUAUUCGCAGGCUCAAUCUUCGCUCAAAUGCUUUGAGCAGCCUCACAGCUUGGAGCCACAUGAUGAAUCUGCAAUAUCUCGAUAUAUCCAACAACCAAAUCGACAAUCUGGGCGGAUUAUGUAUGCUCAUCCAUCUUCGAGAACUACGCGCUGACGAUAAUCAAAUCUCGACUCUCGACGGCAUCAUGAACAUGGAUGGUCUGCUUAAGCUUUCCGUACGUCGCAAUCAGCUUUCGAGGGUUGAUUUCGAGGGAUGCCAAUUGGCCCGCCUCGAGGAGCUGGACUUGAGCAGCAACAAGUUGUCUCGUGUCUCGGGCAUCCAGGCGUUGUCAUCGUUGAGUCGUUUGGUUCUGGACGACAACAAGCUUGAGUACUUCUCAGCGGCUAAGGAAGACACUGCCGGCUUUAGAUUGCAUUGCUUGUCCUUGCAGAAGAACAGAAUGACCGCUCUUGAUGUGUCAAGCUACACGAACCUCCGGUACUUGAAUGUGGACGAGAACAAGUUGUUGACUGUCCAAGGCAUCGAAAAGUUACAUCAUGUCGACAUUUUAUCUAUGCGCAAGCAAGAUCUCAAGUCGGCCGAUGCUCAGCAGCUGACUAUAUUCAAUCAACGAGUAUCUGCUCGCUCGUUGUUCUUGUCCUCAAACAUCAUCCCCACUCUUGACCUGCCAAACUCUUACCACAGUAUCCAGAACCUGGAGAUGGCAUCUUGCGGCCUACAGGAGUUGCCCAAUGAUUUCGGUCUCAAAUUCCCCAAUCUGCGCACUUUCAACAUGUCCUUCAAUGGGAUAACCGAUGUUCGCCCACUGCUCAAUAUCACAAGGUUGGAGAAAUUGCAUGCCUCUGGUAACCGCAUCGCACGUCUUCGCAAGACAGUUGCCGUGCUGGCACGCAUGCCGCACCUUCGGAAAACAGAUCUCAGAGAUAACCCUAUCACUCACGGCUUCUAUGCGCCCAUCUCUGUGGCCAAAAAUGCCGUCAGCACUGUUUCGAAUGACGAGGAGCCAUUGUCGGAAGCACAGCUGCAGUUGCAAAUAGCUAUGUCCCAUCGUCUGCCCAAUGCCGAUCACGCAACGGAUACCGAGCAUCUCGCUCGUCUGGAUGAGGACACCAAGCUACGACGACGUGUCUACGAGAUUCUUCUUAGCAACGGUUGCAAGAACCUGGCUACCCUCGAUGGCUUAUCGUUUGCCAAAGACAGAGCCUUGAUAAGAGAUGGGGUUUGGGAGAGAUUGCUCAAACUAGGAGUCGUGAAGAAGUCGGGGGCAAGAGGAGAAGAAACUCAAGUAUCGAUGAGUUAG